AUGAGUCAGCGAUCACUAAAUGAUCACUUGAGAGUAAACAAGACUGGCAAGUACGUUCGAAAGAGUACUUCCCGCCAAGCUCACGUUAACGCUAAAGCCAGACCUCAUCCGCCGCAGCCUCAACCGCCACUGGAAACGCAAGUGUACAUCGUACACAAGGAAGACUUCAAACGCAUUGUUCAGCAACUAACGGGUAAUCAGUCAUCUGAGCCUUCACCUCAAAACCUUCCACAGCCCCAGAGGACUACACCAGAGCCAAUAAACUGGGCCUCAUCGGUUCCUCCCAAAGCCACCGCGGUUGAAGAAUAUCCCCAUGCGUUACUUGAAAGCUUACUUGAAGCCUCAUCAGCAUCUAAUGGUGAUCAACUGCAACAAGCAUUUGGUGGGUAUCAAUCUCAUAUGCUGCCUCAACCUCAAGUUCCUACACAAUCCAUGCCAUAUUCCAAUGGUCUUGAACCGGUCAUGACCACUACUUUGAGCUCUCCUUGGCUCGAUGCCUUGCCUCAACAAUUGGACGGUGCUUACUCAUUACAACCCGCAUAUGAGAUUGAUGCUCAACAAAUGGCCGGUGCGUACUCACUGCUACCCGCAUAUGAGAUUGAUGCUCAACAAAUGGCUGGUGCUUACUCACUGCAACCCGCAUAUGAGAUUGAUGCUCAACAAAUGGGUGGUGCUUACUCAGUGCAACCCGCAUAUGAGAUUGAUGCUCAACAAAUGGGCAGUGCUUACUCACAGCAACCCGCAUAUGAGAUUGGUACUCAACAAAUGGACGGUGCUUACUCAUCGCAACCCGCAUAUGAGAUUGAUACUCAACAAAUGGAUGGUGCUUACUCAGUGCAACCCGCAUAUGAGAUUGAUACUCAAGAAACAAAUGGUUCUUACUCAUUGGAACCAACAACAGUUGAGUAUCCUCAACCACUGACUCCAAACCUCACAUUUUCGUCUAUGGCUCCACCUGAAGAUUUCGAUCUUUCUUCCAUCUAG